AUGGUACAGACACGCAGAGAACGGCAAGGCGCCAACAUCAAGCUUCGCCAACCCGAUCGAUCCGGCCCAUCAGAAAAGACCUUGCUAGACUUUGCCGACGAGCGAAAACUAUUCCAACAGGCCCAACAACGCGAGAAAGAGCUGGCAAAGAAGAAGCCCAGCGCAGCUCAAAAUGACGACGAGGGCGAGGACGAGGACGAGGACGAUGACGACGGCGAAGUCCCCAUGCUAUCUCCUGGCGCAGAGCGAGUUCUGGAGGCUGCUUUGUGGACUGCUACCAUUGCUAUGCUCCAUUUUACGUUUGACGUGCUGGUACAGAACCAAUAUGGCCGGGAUAUUAGUUGGCCAGAGGUCUGCAUGAGGACCGGUCGAGCAUGGCUAGUGUUUCUCUUCUUAUUCUAUUUUCUGCAUCCUUUCGAGUCCAAUGCUGUCUUUAUACCCGGCUUACCCAGCCGAUAUCAGCCGCACCUGCGCCAGGCCGUUUUCUUCACAAUGAGCGUUGCAUCUGGGUGCUAUCUCAUCUACAUUUCCAACACCUACGGUUACCUGGCUACAAUGAAACAAGCGCCACCGUUGGGGUGCCUAUGGCUUUGGGCAGUCGUGGAAUUGGACCUCGUAUGGGGCUGUGUUAGCCUGCUCAUUGCGGCGGCUUUCCUCAAGCAGGGAGGCUACGAGAUUAAAUGA